AUGUUCAGCCUAUGUGCGGCAUUUAUGGCUGCCUGCAUAUCCGGGUGGCUGCUCUUUGUCAUGAUGCCCCACUACUUGUUCGCCAUUGUGCUCCUCAUGACCUUCAUGACAUGCUUUGCGGGCCUGUACAUUCCCUACCGUUGCACCAGGCAGCGCUUGUGGAUGGUCAUGCCUACGACCAACCUCAUCUGGUCUACACUGCUUUCGAUCCUGGUGAAUGGCGCAGUCAUUGCCAUCGACAGCAGCUUUGUUGCCGAGGUUUAUAGCAUGGCAGACGUGCUGGACAACCUCGUCAGGUUGUUGGUCGCAAUGUCCGGGCUAGCCAUGGGGGUCAGCAUGGACUUUUUCCUCGUGCACUACCUGUAUGCUCACGAGGCAUCUGAGAUCAGACGUCUGAAGAGGAAGGCAUCCCACCCAGUCGGAGAUGACUGUAAUCUGAGGUAA